AUGGCGGCGGUCGACACGGCCGGCGGGCAGGCAAUAGAAAAACAGCUGAAGAUUUGUGGCUAUAAGAGCAAUGUGGAUGUCGUGGCACUGUAUCUGGCUAGACAAGGUCUAAGAAGUAUCCCAAGUCUAUCACAGUUUUGUAGAUUAAGGUAUUUGUGGAUUAACAACAAUAAGAUUGAAGAUUUAACCUUCUUAAUCAAAAACUAUUACUUGACUGAGCUCUAUCUCAACAAUAACAAGCUGACAGAUAUAUCAGGUGCUCUGAAACACCUAUGUUCCUUACAGAUUCUGUUUCUUCACAACAACGAGUUAAAAAAACUUGGCAAAACAGUGAAGGAAUUGAAAGGAAUGAUAAGCUUGCAGACUCUAAACCUAUUCCAUAACCCUCUGGAAUAUGAUCCAGACUACCGGCUUUAUGUGAUAUACUUCCUUCCUUCAGUUCAGCUCCUUGACAGGAAGUUAGUUACACAAAAAGAAAGGGAGUCAGCACUUAAUCUCUAUAACCCCAAAAGGGCUUGGGUGAUGCAGUCAGUAGCUUUUGGGAAGAGAGCAGACACAUCCCUGGGGACUACGGUGGGAUAUGGCAGAUGCACUCAACCAGCCAGAAGACCAAUAAUGGCCUCAGGUCAAGAAUUUGGAAAUAACACUAAUAGAGUACCAUUUGAGGACCCUGAAGAUGCAGUUUUAGUGCGGGCAAUGACAAGAUCUCUAAUGGAAUUUUCCUCUGUGGACUGGAACAAAGUAGCCACCUGUAAAGAAAGGCGGCUUGAAAACAAAGCAGAAGAGCCCCCUGAGAAGCUGACAGUCCAGUUUAGAUGAAAAAAACCCCUAUUUUUCUCUCUAAUGUUAACCCCAUAAGUAGGUUAACAUAAAACAAGUACACAACAACACACAUCAAAUUAAGUGAAAUUACAGAAAAAAAUGAUAGUGUAACAUUUCUUUUAUCACAUGUUGUAUAGAGAGUGAAGAAAUUAAGAUAACAAAUGAUAAAAAGUGGCAAUGUUAUAAUAAAAGUUGCU